AUGGCAUCCGCAGUUGGCACCAUAAUGAAGAAGCCCGUCAAGAUUGCCCUCGUGCAGCUCCUGUCCGGCUCUGACAAGGCCGCGAAUCUAAGGCAUGCCGCCUCUCAAGUAGCAAAGGCCGCCGCAGGAGGAUCCAAGAUUGUCGUUCUCCCAGAAUGCUUCAACUCGCCCUACGGAACCGCUUACUUUCCCAAAUACGCCGAGCCUAUCCUUCCCUUACCUCCAGUCAAGGAAGAAGCUCCCUCAUACUUUGCUCUAUCGGCAAUGGCAUCAGAGAACAACAUCUAUCUCAUCGGGGGCUCUAUUCCAGAGCUCAACCCUUCCACGAAGAAGAUUUACAACACGUGUCUCAUCUUCGGACCGGAUGGUGCUCUGUUGUCGAUACAUCGCAAGUUGCACCUAUUUGACGUCAACAUCCCAGGCAAGGUCUCCAUGAGAGAAUCCGACGUUCUCAGCCCCGGAAACAAGGUCACAAUAGUCGAUCUCCCCGAAUAUGGAAAGGUUGCCAUUGGCAUUUGCUACGAUAUCCGGUUUCCCGAGAUUGCAGCCAUUGCAGCCCGCAAGGGAGCUUUCGCCUUGAUCUACCCCGGUGCUUUCAACCUCGUCACAGGUGCUCUGCACUGGAAGCUGUUGGCACAGGCGCGAGCUGUUGAUAACCAGAUUUACGUGGGAAUGUGCAGUCCUGCACGGAACCUGGACUCGACGUAUCAUGCCUGGGGUCACAGCAUGAUACUCGAUCCGAUGGCUGCCAUGCUGGCGGAGGCUCAGGAGGGAGAGGCUAUCAUUGAAAGCGAACUGAAUGAGGAUAGGAUUUUGGAAACUCGUAGGAACAUACCGUUGGAGACGCAGAGGAGGUUUGACGUUUAUCCUGAUGUGAGUGAGGGGCAAGUGGCUUAUGAGGAUCCGGAUCUCCUGGGUCAGGUAUGCAACUGA